UAAUUUAAUUGUCGAUAUUUUUGCCGGAAAAUCAAACAUGUGAUUAUCACGUGCCAAUUGAAGGGCAAAAUUGUACUUUCAGUUAAACUUGACAUUAACCCACCAUUUUCUACUUUCAAUUUUCAUCAAGAAUGACUAGUCAACCAUUGUUGCCCUCAUUUUUCUUUCUUUCAGACUUCAUUUUCUUUCUCUGGCAUUUUUUUAUUGUCCUAAGAUAAAUUCAAACUAUAGUACUACAAAGCAAAGAUGAGUAAUUCUUCUUGAUUCUCAACCUGAACAAUUGUUCUGAACACCAAUUUGAUUUUCGGGAGAGAGAGAGAGUGUUCUAGAGAGAGAGAGAGAGAGAGAGAGAGAGAGAGAGAGAAUGCAAGUUACAGAUGGCGGCUUACGCAGCUCUACUUUCUCUCAGGCAUAUCAUCGAACAGAUUCAGCAUCAUCCUCGCCCUCCAAUUUCUCUUGACCAAAACCAGGUCCAAUCUCUCACCGACAACCUCAAUUUCUUGCAAAAAUUUCUCGAGCAUGGAUAUCCUUGUGUUGGCAGCAGCAGAGAAGCAAUUGAUGUUUUUGAAAGUCGAAUUGCAGAUGCAGCUCAUGCAGCCGAAGAUAUAAUCGAAACCUGGGUUGUUGAUCAAAUUCUUGCUGAAUCGACUGCUCAAGCGUCGAAAACCGAAACCUGGGUUUGUGAUCAAAUUCUUGGUGGAUCAAGAAAAACGAAGAAUACUAGAAUGCAAGAUCAUCUGUGCAGAAUUUUGUCCACUUUCUGUGGUGCUGGUUCAUCAAGAUCUCCUUCAACGAGGCAGAAUGUCGUAGCUGGUUUAGAUGUCGUGGAAAAAAUCAGUUCUGUCGACUUGUACCGAGAUCUCGAUAAGGUGAUCCAAGACAUGGGUUUAAUCAAGAAAGAUGUGAUGGAGAUUAAAGAAAGUAAUAUUGGAAUCGAAGAUCACCUGCACAUGAAUCCUUCAAGUCUUGCUGGUGCUGCUUCGUCAAGGUCUCCUUUAACAACGAAGCAGGAAACCAUGGUUGGUUUUGAUGAGCUCUUGAUUGAAGUAAUGGAUAAGCUCACUGGACAACAAUCUAAUCUCCGCAUAAUCCCGAUUGUUGGCAUGGGCGGCAUCGGUAAGACUACUCUUGCUAGAAAUUCUUAUGCUAAGCCACUCAUUGUGCAUCACUUUGAUGUUCGUGCUUGGGUUACAAUAUCUCAACAUUAUAAUGUGCAAGAUAUUCUUAUCGAAAUUCUUCUUUGUGUAAGCAAAUACGAGAGCCGUGAAAUCUUGAGUGGGAAGAGUGAAGGUGAAUUAAGUGAAAGAGUGCAUAAAAGUUUAUGGGGAAGGAGAUAUUUAAUUGUAAUGGAUGAUAUUUGGAGUAUUGAGGUGUGGGAUAGAGUGCAAAUCUUCUUUCCGGACAAUGGUCAAGGAAGUAGAGUAAUGAUAACCACUAGGCUGUCGAACGUUGUUUUUCAGUUAAUUGGCUCUCAUGGCCUCGUGAUGGAUUUCUUAAACGAGUAUAAAAGUUGGGAGCUACUGCGGAAAAGUAUUUUUGAAAAAAAAGAAGAUUGCCCUUUUGAAUUAGAAGAAAUAGGAAAGAAGAUUGCUAAAAAUUGCAAAGGACUUCCUUUGUCAAUAGUUGUGAUUGGAGGACUACUUGCGAAGUCCAAGCCCACAAGAGAAUAUUGGGAAUAUAUUUCAGAAAAUUUAAACUCUAUUGUACAUUUAGAAGAGAAUGAGCGUUGCUUAAAAGUAUUGCAUUUGAGUUAUAACCAUUUGCCGGUACAUCUGAAGCCAUGUUUUCUGUAUAUGGGAGUUUUUCCUGAAGACAAAAACAUACGUGUCUCCUGGCUCGUAAAAGUAUGGGUUUGUGAAGGAUUUCUGAAAUCAAUUAGCGGCAAAAGCUUGGAAGCGGCUGCGAGAGAGUACUUGGAGGACCUUUGUGACAGAAAUCUCAUUUUAGUUCAUCAAAGAGGAUUGAAUGGGGGAAUAAAGUUUUGCAAGAUCCACGAUCUCGUAAGGGAACUAUGCUUAAGGGAAGCCGAGAAAGAGAAGUUCAUCUACGUCAGAAGACCGCAUGACCUUAACAUUCCUCAAGGCAUUAUAAAUACCCGGCGUCGCAUUAGUAUUCAUCAAAGCGCGUCAGAGAAGGAAUAUCUCCCUCAAGCUCGUCACGCGUUGGAAUGUAUGCCACUUGCUCGUUCUUUGAUUGUCGGUCGCCAAGGAGUUUUACCGUCACUUAAUUAUUUUAGAUUGUUGAGGGUGCUAAAUGCAGUUGAUAAAUAUUUGAAUGAUCAUGUGUUUAGCCUAGAAGCUGUUUUUCAGCUGGUUAACUCGCGGUUCAUUGCUAUCACAUCUGAUAGGGAUCAAAAUGCCGAUUUUCCUUCGUCAAUCAACCUCCUUUGGAAUCUACAGACUUUAAUUGUCAAGGAGAGAGAUGCUUUUGCACCAUCUGAAAUUUGGAAGAUGACUCAACUUCGGCAUGUUCAGUUCAAUCAACUUGAAAUGCCCGAUCCUCCUCUCGAUGGGAAAGACGAGUAUGUUCUGGGGAACCUACGGACGCUCUCGAGAAUAAGAAAUUUCAAAUGUGGAGAAGAGGUGGUUAAGAGAAUCCCCAAUAUCAAUAAAUUACAAAUAUCUUAUCAUGAACAAUUUGACGGAUGUUCAAGUUACUGUCUCGACAAUCUUGUCCGUCUACAUAAACUCGAAUCGUUUGGCUGCUUCUUUUUUACUUGGAAUAGGCCGAACCGGGACGAUGUUUUGCGGAAUUUCAUCCUCCCGAAUUCACUCAAGAAGUUGACUUUGCACAGGACCAAUUUGUACUGGGAAGACAUGAAGACAAAGAUAGGUUUGUUACCCAAUCUUCAAGUCCUCAAACUUAAGGCAAAUUCCUUUGUAGGAACCGAGUGGGAAACGGUUGAAGGGCAAUUCUGCAACCUUAAAUUCUUGCAAAUCUGCGACUGCAGUGACCUGGAACGGUGGACAACAGAGAGCGCCCACUUUCCACGCCUUGAGCAACUUGAUCUCCGACAUUUGGAUAGGUUGGAGGAGAUCCCUUCAGAUAUUGGAGAAAUACCAACGCUUCAAUCGAUUCGGGUACAAUAUUGUAGCAAGACAGCUGUCAUUUCUGCUAGAAGAAUAUUGGAUGAACAAGAAGAAUUUGACAACGUAGGCCUUCGGGUUCGAGUUGUCGCACGGAAUAUAAAACACUUUGAGAGCUUGGCUAGUCCCAACUUUCAAGUUGGAGUAAUUUGGAUGAACUAGUCUUCAUUGAGUUUACUUGCAUCAACCUUCUUUCAUUUUUUUGAUUAAAUCAUUAAAGGAAAUAGUAUAAUGAUUGGUAAGAAUCUGCCAAUCGGAGACGAACAAGCUCUGACACGGUGUCGGGCAUGUAAUGAAAUUUUGUUUCGGUCCGCCAUAAGAGUUUGGAGUUUCUUCAAAUGUUCAUGUUAUUAUAUGUAAAAUCAAGUGAGUCGAAACUCAAGUAAUUGUAAUAUUUUGCGGUUACCUAUAAAAUAUAACUUUGAAGUUGUGCUUCAA